AUGCUAACUAGAAAUAUUUCUUCUUAAUUAAGAAGCUAUCAGCUCCAUGAAAAUCAUUUUUAUAGUUCUUUAAAAUACUUAAUACUUCUUCAAUAGUCUUAUUAAAUGGAUAAAGUUAUAUAUAUUGUCAACAAUUUAAAAUAAAAUAUACUUCUUCAUUCUAAGUUUAUUGUGCUAAAUCUAGAAUAAUGUCUGUUGUAACAUUUUUUUCUUUUAAUAUUUUUUCUUUGUAUUAUUUCAGCUAAAAUUAAUCUAUUUUUAACAAACAAAAAUAUUUUAAAAUAUUCAAUAAGUAAAAGUAAUAUGAUUAGAAAGUUAAGGUAAUUACUAGGGAGAGUAUUGAAUGUGUUGAGCAAGAGGGAAAAUUUAAUAUUAUUCAUGUGA